AGUAAAAUCGACAAGUGUUCGCUCAUCAACAAAAAAAGAAAACAAGACAGAGCUAAAUCAUGACCAUGACUAUGACCACAGCCAUGGCCAAGACGCAAGGAGCAAAUGAUACAAAAUUUGGACAUUCUGUACCGCCAGAAGGCCCCCAUACCAUCACGACGCACGUUCCCGGAUGGAAUUCGGUGCAGGGUUUGAUCAAAGGCGAUGUUGACCUGUUGCAAAAAGUCCGGAGCAUAUACCCCCGCUUUGGGCCGUUUGGCGUCGUUGCACAGCUGUCAAUGGCCGUCCACAAAAAGCUGGGCCUGUCAGAAUCUCAGGCAUGCUUCGUAUGGGCGUGUCCCGACGCCUUGGAAAAGACUAGGCAGCACGCCUGCUCCUCCUUCCGGGACGACAAGGACAGGAUCAAGGAUGCGUCCGAGAUCUCCGAGACGGUUGUCCGUAUCAAGCUCGGCUCAGACACGCUCAAGCUUCACGUCACCAUUGGCCCGGCUGCAAACCGCAAAGCUAUGGUGUUCACGUGGCAGCUGGUCGGUUCGGGGACGUCGACGAGGCUCGCACAGGCGCUGCUGCCUGUGAUAGACACGUCAUUGGAGGUGGUGGGUGUGGGUGCUGGAGAUGAAGAGGAGUCGCUGCCCGAGGGGCUACCCGAAGGCGACUCACACGUCGCCCUCCGCCGACGCAUCCUGGAGUUGCUGCAGCGCUCCCCCAUCGACCCAGCACGCGCGGCGCAGCUCAGGCCCGACGACGUCUACCUCUACCCCAGCGGCAUGACGGCCAUUGUGCGCCACCACGAGGCCAUGGCGGCCUACCGCCCGGGCAAGGUGCUCUGCCUGGGUGCCUUGUUCAAGCACACCUGGCUGCAGUUCUCCGAGGGUGCAGGUGACGGGAUGAAGCACUUUGGCGCCUGCCAAGACGACGACUUCAUCUCUCAGGUUGGCGAGUGGCUCGAGGACGAGUACCGGGAUGGGAGGCAGGUUAGCUACUGCUUCGUCGAGUUUCCAUCGAACCCCAUCCUCGUCUCGGCCGAUCUCAAAGGCCUGCGGAGUCUUGCCGACAAGUACAACUUCCCCCUCGUGGUAGACGACACAGUCGGCUCCUUUGCCAAUAUCGACGUCCUCCCCGUGGCCGACGUCAUCAUCACCUCCCUGACCAAGUCCUUCAGCGGCUACGCCGACGUGAUGGGCGGCUCCGUGGUCCUGAACCCGUCCAUGCCGCGGCACUACGGCGCCCUGUCCCGCACCCUUGCCUCGCAGCACCGCAACGAGCUCUUCGCCGCCGACGCCGCGACCCUCGUGUCCAACAGCGCCGACCACCUGGCCCGCAGCACCAUCCUGAACCGCAACGCGGCGGCGCUGGCCGAGACGCUGGCGCGCGCCACCGACGUCGUCGCGGGCGUCAAUCACGCCCGCCACGGCGGCACGUAUGCAAACUACGCCGCCUUCAAGCGGCCCGCGACCGACGACUUUGCGCCGGGCGACGCCUGUCUGCUCAGCGUGGACUUUGCAGACCUCGACACCGCCGUCACCUUCUACAACGGCUGCGGCUUCUUCCACAGCGGCCACCUGGGCGCGCACAGGACCCUGGCCGUGCCGUUUAGUUACAUGGUCUAUCACUGCGCGGGCGAGGAGGAGGGGAGGUACCACGCCGCGUACGGCUGUCGGGCCGCGCAGGUGCGUCUGAGCGCCGGGCUCGAGGACGAGGCUGAGCUCGUCGCCAUUGUUGAGGAAGCGCUGGCCAAGACAAGGGCUGCUGUGGCGGCGGGGAGGAAGAAUGGGGUAGAGGCGGGCAAUGGUGUGGCUUGAUGUUUUGACGUUUUUUAGUGCAGCUUGUACUGCUAUCUCCCUUCAGUCAUAAAUCUUGUACAUCUUAGCUUUUAGCAUUAACAAGCAGGCCUCAAUUUUAUUUUGCUCA